AUGAGAAAGCUUAUUAAAAAUGAGAUUCAAACACACGUAGUUGCUCAAAUGAAACUCUUUCAAGAUUUUUUUCCCCGUAAUUCCCAGGUUGAAUCAAUAUUCCCAUCUUCACCCCAUGUAGCAUAGAAUAGCUGCAAUACGCGUAAAAGUGAUUUUAUUGCAAGAAAUCAAUUGAAGAGAUGGCGGACGAAGCUGCGGUGAAAUUUAUACUACAAGUCCUCAAGGAGUUGAUUGUUUCCACUAUUAAGAAGAUUUCUGAACUGGAUAAUGAAGUGAAACGUCUGAGAAAUAAUCUGAAUAUGUUCAGAGGCUUCCUCCAGGAUUAUACAAAUGAGCCGACCAAGUCUGAAUCUUUGAAAGCAUUGGUGACACAAAUAAGACGCACAGUAUACGAAGGAGAAGCUAUAAUAGAUGAAUAUGCUAUUGAGGCAGAUCGGUAUAAAUCUAGUACUGUGUGUGAAAAAAUAAAGAAUCCAUUGCGUCAUCCCACAAAGCUUUUAGAUUUGGCGCAUUCAAUUAAGCCGAUGAUGGCUAUGGUGAGCGAUUUAAAUGAGGAGAAGGAGAAGGAGAAGCAGAAGCAGAAGUCGGGCGAUAAGGAAAGGAAAGAUGGGGAUGGAUCUAACACUGCCAAAAUAUCCAAGGUUCCUAUCGUAGAGGAAGACCAUGUCGUGGGAUUUGAUGAUGAUGCAAAGAAAGUUAUUAAUCUUCUUACUAGAGAAUCUGACGAACUAGAAGUUGUAUCCAUAGUUGGUAUGCCAGGUCUUGGUAAGACAACACUAGCUAAAAUGAUAUUUCGUGAUCCUGCAGUGUAUGAAUUUGACAAACGUGCAUGGGCCCAUAUUUCUCGAGAUUAUAUUUCUCAAGAUUGUAAUAAGAAGGAAGUUUUCCUUGCAAUUCUGGAUCAAAUCACCGAUGUCACCGAUGAUAUACGUAACAUGACUGAAGAUAGGUUAGCUAGAAAACUUAAGAGAUCUUUGGAGGAAGCGAAGUAUUUAAUUGUCCUUGAUGAUGUGUGGACUCAGAGUGAUUGGAAUCAUCUCCAAAAUGUUUUUCCUAAGAACAAGAAAAAAUGUAGAAUACUAUUGACUAGUCGUGAUAAGAAUGUGGGUAAGAAUGACAAUUGUAAAUUAGAAUACUACCAUUUGCGUAUUCUGGAUCCUGAUGAGAGUUGGACAUUACUCAAAAGGAAGGCAUUUGGCUUGGAGGAAUGCCCCCAGGAGUUAAUAAAACAUGGAAGGCAAAUAGCUGUUGAAUGUGGUGGACUACCAUUCGCGAUAGCGGUGAUCGGAGGAAUUCUACAAGAAAAAGGUCCUGAAAGUUAUCAUUGGGAAGUUAUCUCCAAAAAUGUGAAGGAUUAUAUUGUUGAAAUGGAUCAAAGGAAGAUCACGGACUCUUUUAUUGAAUGGAUAUUUAAUCAACUACCGUAUGACUUGAAAGCGGUUUUCAUCUACUUUGGGGUGCUUCCAGAAGGUUACCGUAUCUCGGCAAGGAAACUAAUUCGCUUGUGGAUUGCCGAAGAAUUCGUACAACGAAAGGGGGGUAUACACUUGGAGAAUACUGCGGAGGACUAUCUAGAAUGUCUUGUCAACAGGAAUUUAGUCAUUGUUGAAAAAUGGAGGACAGAUGGCAGGAUUAAAACAUGCUAUGUUCAUGGCAUGAUACAUGCGUUUUGCAAGAAAAAAGCAGUAGAUGAAAUUUUUUACCACGAAAUCAAACGGUCUGAUCAAAUUACCGAUUCAUCUUCCAAUGGUGACUUCAAAAUGUACCGUGGCCUUUCUAUUCCGCCCAACAUUCUCAACAAUAUAUCUCCAGAACAGUUUGGUUCAUAUGUUCGGUCUUUCUUGUGUUUUUCCAAUGACGAAAUUACUUCGAAAAUUGCAAGCAUUUCUUCCUUCCCCAAAACAUUUAAAUUGCUGUGUGUGUUAGAUGGUGAACCCAUACGUUUCACUCGUUUUCCUGCUAACCUAGUUUUACUGGUUAAUUUGAGGUACCUUUUUCUGUCCAUCCAAUUUGAUAGCCUUCCUAAAUACGUUACCAACCUUUGGAACAUGCAAACUCUUAUAGUCAAGACGUCAAAAAGUGCCCUUGAAAUCAAAGGAGAUAUAGUGAAAAUGGUUCGACUGAGACAUCUCGAAACAAACGUAUCCACAUCUUUUCCGGACCCCUUCUCUAGAAAAAGAAACAAUAAAAAAGGUUCUUUGAUAAACCUAAGAACACUUUCAACUAUAUCACCUGAAACUUGUUCAAAAGAUGUCGUUGAAAGGGUUCCUAAUCUAAGUGAGUUGGGUGUUCGUGGUCAAUUGUCUAAACUCUUUGAGGUCAAGGGUGGAUCUAGUUUGUUUGACAAUGUGAAACAGUUGAAUUGUCUUGAAAAUUUGAAGCUAUUCAAUCAUGUGGUUGAUGCGCAAGAUACUAAAAGCAAAAUAGUUAGCCCUCCAGUCAAAUUUCCAUCAAACCUAAAGAAGCUAACACUCUAUGGCACCCAGCUUGAUUGGAUGUACAUGUCCACAUUGGGAAUGUUGGAAAAGCUAGAGGUCCUCAAGUUGAAAGAAAAUGCAUUCAAGGGAAAGCAUUGGUGCACAGGAGAUGGAGGUUUUCGUGCUCUUAAAAUUUUGUAUAUUGGAAAGACAGACUUAGUUAAUUGGGAAGCUUCUGGUACUCACUUCCCAAAUCUCAAGAGUCUUCAUCUUAAACAAUGUACUUACCUCAGCACGGUCCCAUUUGGCCUCGCGGAUAUUUCAACCCUCUGGACAAUAGAGUUGUAUGAGACCAACGAUAAAGCAGCUACUUCUGCGAAGAAAAUUCGAACGAAUAAGGAAGAUCCGCAAACAAAUCAAGGCAAGGAAUUUAAACUUUCCAUUUAUCCUCCUGAUCACGAUAAAUGAUGACCUCCAUUUGUUCAAUCUCCGAAUUGCUACAUUCCCAGCACAAUUUGUGCGCACAGAUGAUUCAUCGACAACAAUUCCAAGGAUGAUGAAUACAUGAUGAAGAUUAGAUGCAUGGAGUGAUGGCUUCUCUUCGCAGUCUUGUUGCACUUGCUUGAAUAAGAGAUACUAUGUAAUUUCAUUUGCAUUUGCAAUUUUAUAUUGUGUUGAAUUCAUACUCCUUUAGUUCCCUGUUACGUGCCUAAUAAGAACAUUGGAUUUGAAUUGUUGUUAACUUUUGAACCUUACUUCUGUAGUUGUCUAAUAAGAACAAUGGAUUUGAAAUUGAUCUGA